AUGGCCACUGAAGUACGAAAACCGAGACAGAAAAUGAUUUUCACCAAAGGUCGAGAGGAAGUCACCGUGCUCAGCGUAGUGGAACAGUUGAUUUCUUUGUUCUUGGAAAUUGACAGCAACGAUGACGGCUCCGUAUCCCGAGAAGAAUUGACGGCCUACUACACCAAACAUGGUCUGGACAAAUCUAGGGUCGAUGAAUGGAUGAACCGUUUUGACACGGACGCGGAUGGGCGUAUCACAAUGCAAGAGUUCAGCAAAGGAUUGGGACUGGAUAUUGAGGAGCUGAAGCUGGAAAAACGUCAGCGGGCCCAACAACGUUCAAGCAAUAAAACUGGAAUCAAUGUUGAGGGUAUUGAAGUGUUGAAUACAACCAUGGCAGUGGAGAAACAAGAAGAAGUGGUCACAAAAUUCAAAGAUCUCAUGCGCUCAAUCGGAGAAAAUGAGAACCGUAUGGCCGAGGUGAACGAUAAACUGAAAGAUUUCUUGGAUCAAAAGUACGGUCGCAUUUGGCAAUGUGUCACCCUAACCGGAUCGUACUGGAGUAAAUUCUGUCACGAACCUUUCAUGUCCAUUCAAUUCAAAUACCAAGACAAAUACAUUGUCCUGGCCUGGCGCACGCAUCGUUUGUGA